GGAGAGAGAGUCACAUGAGCGGAGUCUGUGGAUGAAAUGGGGUCAAAGCGGCUGAAGAGAGACGUGGAGGCUCUGAUUGACGACUACAUUGGGCAGAAACUCAGAGAAAAGUCAUUUGAUCCAAAGGGGAAGGGGGCGUCCACGAUGCUGGACGACCUGGCUCAUUACGACCUCGCCAUCAGCGUCGCUGUGUGGUGGCUGCACCGAGAGGAAGGACGCGACGUCCUCGACAGCAACCUCAUAGGAGCCACUCGCAUUUUAGGAGGAUCUCAGUAUCCCGACCGUUUAGAGCGAGAGGCCAUGAUCCUGUCGUCCUUUGCUGGGAUUAUUAUGAACAGUGUUCCGGUGGAGGAGAUCUUGUCUCUGUACAAAUGUAAACCUGCGGCGCUUUACCCGAACCACCCGUCAAAGGGUACGAUCGUUUACCCCUUCACGCUCUCCUAUCACCCGUUUGCGAUGUUGGGCUCGUACAAGGCCGUGCAUCACUGCAAGAAGCACAAUGAAAAGUUGCGACGAUGGUUGUCUGAGAGGGAGAAGGCCAACGCUCCUCCUGCUCCAGCUGCAGUGGAAGCUUCAUCCUCUUCGUCGUCAUCUCACUCCUUCCUCAGCGACAGCAGUGCCGAUCAGGAGGAAGGAGAUGAGAAGUACGAAGGUUCUCAGGAGUCUCUGAGGGACUGACGUCCACUUCCUGCAAUUUUGCUUCUUUAUUAUUUUAUGUUUCUGAUUUCUUGGGAGUGUUUAUUCGUCUUUUAUAUCUCUACUAUUUUGAUGUAUUUAUGUUAAGAUGCAGUAGACAGUGUCACUAUGACAAAGAUAGUCGGUAGUUCAUAUGCAUUUUAUCUUUCUUCGAGCAGCCAGUAGGAGGCGCCCUCUAUCGCUCUGAUGAAGUCUGUGAUGAAUUGAAAGAUUUAGGCUGUAAACAGAGUCCAGAGGACGUGCAGAGGAAGUUUUCUUCUCUCAAUCAGAUCAAUUUAUGUAAAGUUUUUCAUGAAAUUAACGCUCAAUAAAGACAUUAAAAAUCCCACCUACUGUAUCUUUAAUGAUUUAAAUGUGUAGCAUUUUUCUUAUCAGUAAUUGUGAUAAAUGUUAACAUUUACUCUCUGUUUUGGGAACUUCUAGUUCCGUCUCUGUCGAGCUCGCCUCGCUGUUAAAGGGUCAGCCGUGUUGUUGUUUUUUGAUGACCGCUGACAUUCUGCGUGGAAACUUUAAUCCACUCCAUUAAUGGCUGAAACGUUGUCUUUAUCAAUAAAGA